GAGAGCAUUCCUCUUCCGCUCCUCCGCUCCUCCGCUCCUCGCCUUGUUUACGUUUACACGCAUUUAACACACAAACGAGCGCCUCGAAUGCGCGCGUUCCGCUUAUUCUCGCGUCUUCGCGCAUACUGUAUCCGAUGUACUACGUACAUAUAGAGAGCCGCAGCCGCGCGCACUCCGUCAAAAGCUCCUGCUGCCGAAGAAGCGCUCUCCCAUCCUCCAUGUUAUUUUCUCUCUCGCAGCUUCUCGAGACGUUCGCGCAUCCGCACAGCGCUAAGUUAUAAGUAGGAAAAGGCGCGCGCGCGCGAGAGAGACAGAGAGAGGAGAGGACUACCUACUUAUACCGAGUAUGUGCACACAGAACGGAGAGAGACGGAGACAGCCGAUCCCUUCGUCAUCCCCCUGCAGUCUGCUGCAUAUAUAGGUAUACACGGAGACUGGAGAGAAGAAGCCUCGCUGCGCGGAAGAGAGAGAGAGAGAGAGGAGAAAAGAAAGUCCUCCAUCUCGUGGCGCAGCGCGAUCAGGAUCUCUCCCCCGCAUCAGCCCGAGCUGCCCGACCGACGAAUCGACGAUGUCGCCGCGGAACCCAGCAUCGCGUCUCUGCUAGAUGUGAUAUGUGCAGCAGCUCUGCGACGCGCCAGCGGGAGGAGCAACGCAGCAACGAGACGACCGACGAGACUCCGCGACGCCGCCAGCGUCAUCCGUCCGAGGAGCCGAGCCUGCAGGCAUCAUCGAGAUGACGAGCUCCUCCUCGAUGCCGCCCUACCUCGCGGCGGCGAUCUUCGGCCUCGUCCUGCUGACGACGCCCGGCAGCGGCGGGGCCCUCCACACCAAGGACCCGCUCGCGCCCCACGGCAAGUGCGAGACCAUCACCAUUUCGCUCUGCAAGGACAUGCCCUACAACGAGACCAUCAUGCCGAACCUCCUGAACCACCAGAAGCAGGAGGACGCCGGGCCCGAGGUGCACCAGUUCUCGCCCCUCGUCAAGCUCAAGUGCAGCCCCGACCUCAAGUUCUUCCUCUGCGCCAUGUACGCGCCCGUCUGCACGAUCCUCGAGAAGGCCCUGCCGCCCUGCAGGAGUCUCUGCGAGAGCGCCAGGAACGGCUGCGAGAGACUCAUGAAUAACUUUGGCUUCUACUGGCCCGAGAGCAUGGAGUGCUCCAAGUUCCCCGAGAACAGGGACGGUGUGCUGUGCGUUGGCAAGAACGAGACUACCACCACCGAGGUGCCUGCGCUCAUAGACGACGUCAGGCUGCCUGCUCCGGAGUUCCACCCACCCUGGGGAAAUGGCCCCAAGCCCUUUGGCAACAACAAUUUCAUGCUGGGAGGCAGGAACAUCGGUUUCGUGUGCCCCAUAUACUUUAAGAUCGAGGAGCAGCAUGGUUAUUCGCUGAAAGUUGGAAACAAGGUGGAGGCCAACUGUGGAGCCCCCUGCGACGGAAUGUUCUUCACCGAGACGGAGCGCAAGUUUGCCAGAGUCUGGGUUGGCACCUGGGCCACUCUGUGCGCCGCUUCCUGCUUCUUCACCUUUUUGACCUUCCUCAUCGAUACCGACAGAUUCAGAUAUCCUGAAAGGCCGAUAAUAUUUCUGUCGGUGUGCUAUUUGAUGGUUGCACUGGCGUACGUGGUAGGCUGGGCCGCUGGAAACAGCAUAUCCUGUGACAAACCAGCUCCAUCGCCCGUUAUGGGAGUUCAGAUGGCUUCUGUCAUAACUCAGGGCACCAAAAAGGAAAUGUGCACAAUUCUCUUUAUGGUUCUCUACUUCUUUGGAAUGGCUUCCAGCAUUUGGUGGGUCAUUUUGACACUCACCUGGUUCUUGGCUGCUGGCUUGAAGUGGGGGCACGAGGCCAUAGAGGCUAAUUCGCAAUAUUUUCAUUUAGCAGCUUGGGCUGCACCAGCCGUCAAGACUGUAUCCAUUUUAGCAAUGGGUAAAGUUGAAGGUGACAUACUCUCUGGAGUAUGCUACGUGGGUUUGUGGAACGUCGAAGCCCUCCGGGGUUUUGUUCUUGCGCCCCUCUGCGUCUACCUGGUACUGGGCACAGUAUUCCUCCUCGCCGGCUUUGUCUCCCUCUUCCGUAUUCGCACCGUCAUGAAACACGAUGGUACCAAAACUGACAAGCUGGAAAAGCUGAUGAUACGCAUCGGUAUCUUUUCAGUCCUGUAUACAGUGCCCGCCCUCAUUGUUAUCGCUUGCCUCUUUUACGAGCAAGCUUACUUUGACAACUGGAUGCUCACCUGGAACAAGGAAAUGUGCUCCAAGCCAGGAACACAAGCUCUCUACGCCAUUCCUUGCCCAAUGGGCCAGGAUGCACGCGACUUGAGCAGAAAGCCCGACUUCGAGGUCUUCAUGAUCAAGUAUCUGAUGGCGAUGAUCGUUGGAAUCACAAGUAGCUUCUGGGUUUGGUCAAGCAAGACUCUUACCAGUUGGAGACAGUUUUUUCAUCAUAUUCAGGGAAGGCGUAUAGACACGUACGUAUAGGAUUCUCGGACGAGCACGAGGUUUGACCAUAUGAUGAUAGCAAUGCAUGGUGGAAUUCGAAUUAAUUGUUGAUAGUCCAUCCGUUUGCCUUGUCGUUUUUGUACUCUCAUUUCAUCGGUAAAAGUUAAAGAUAUAGAUUCCGUUUCUAAUAAGGACUGAAACAACAUCCGAAAGAAAUUUUAUCAAUUAAAAUACUACUUAUUUCUGAUGCUUAAGUACAGCUACACGUUUAUUCCGAUGUUAUUUCAGUACCUGUUAUCACAUUUCAUAAUGGCUUCUCACAGUUAAAAAGAAACUCGUUACGAGUUUAAGUAGUUUAAAUUAUUAAACUAGUACAAUUUGGAUCUAGAGACUUGCCACCAUGUUUUAAUUUCGUUAAAUAUCGAACAAUUUAACAGUUGCAUAUUGUUUUCUUAAUUAUUCAAUUCUUUAUAGAACUCGCAAAACGAAAUAGCUAGAAUAAUAAUUUAUGGCUGAGAGCAAUUAAUUUGUAUUGCAUUUAAUUGAAAGACUGUAAAAACUGAAGGGUAUUUAAAUGGGCUGCUUUAUGUAUAGUAGUUCAUUGACUGAUUGUUAAUGUGACUUUGAAGUUUUAUCAAGCAAACGGAUGCGAUAAUUUCAGUUGCAUUUGCAAGUUAGAAACUCAAUCAAAAGAUGUUUGUUGAUUUUUCAUUUCGAAAAGUAAUUUUCAUAAAAAGUAAUAAGAUUAAUAUAACUAAAGUUACUCAUACCGUGUCCAAGUUCACAUAUAUUUGAAUUAUGGAUGAGCCUUCAUUUUCGUGUUCCUACAGAGUUAUAUGUUGGUAACAGAGAUCUGAAAAUAAGUUUACGUCUUAUUCAGUCGUACAUUUCGUUGUAUUUAUCGUACGUAGCGAAAUUUUGUGCCAAUUAGUUUUCUCAAAUUGUACAGUUUCUAUGCAGAAUGUAAAUCAGGCUUAAUGUGGUUUUUAGUCUAAUAAUUGUAAAAUUUUAUAUCCGUAGAGGAUGCAUACAAAGGUUUAAAAUUUUCUAAUUUUGGUAUGACUUUUUAUCAGAAGCUCAUUUAAGCAUUUUUAAAAUGAUUGUGCCUGCUUUUAUAUCAAAAACCAAUGACUCGAUUUUACAACUCUUCCACUUUACAAAACCAUUAAUGACAAAACACUGCCGUUUUAUAAUAUAUACAUACUGAAACUUUGACGUACUGAAUGUUCAUUGCCAAACAAGCUCAAUUUGAUAAGAAGUCUAAUAUUGCCUAAAUUUUCAUACUUCAUUAGUUGAAGUACUUAAGAAUCAAACUAACUCUAAUACUAUAAUAAUCUUUUACUAGAUAUUUCUCUAUUUUAGUUAUUUUUAUAUCUUCUUAUAUUAAUUAUAAGUGUAAUGCGUGUCUAAUGUAUAGAUAACAUAACAUUUAUUGAUAACUAAUCCAUAGAGUUAUGGAAAAUUAUUUCUAAAUCUUGUGUGCUUUGCGCAAAAAAGCAUGAACAAUAGUUGAUAUUUGAUUAAGACAUUUUACAAUUGUUGAUAAGCGGAUGCUAUAUUUAUAUCUUUUAACUUUUGAUAACGUUUUUAAGACAGUAAGCGAGAAUCAUAACUAUAAUUAAUUUUUUAUUUACGCACUAAGGAACAAAAAAGAAAUAAAAAACUAAUUCAUUGUGCAUUGUGAAAUUGCGAGCAGGCUGUAUAUAUCGAAGCUUUAGCUUUAAUAUGUAUAUUAAGAUUCUAAUACUCACUUAAUCUGUGUAAAUAUAUGUGUCUCAGUCCUAUAUAUCUUUUCGAAUCUCACGAGAGUGAGAUCUUCAAGUCACGAGAAUGUUUAGUCGAGUUUUUUAUGCGUAUGCUUUGAAAACAAGUGGUCUUUGCUUACUUAAAUACAUAUUUCCUUUUUUAACAGCGAUCAAAACAUGAAAAUCUUGAAUAAAAUAUAGACUUGACAUUAUAAGUUGAUUAUACUACGAAGAAACAAACAUUUUGAUAACCUCGAUUGCUUUAAGAUUAAUAGCUUAGUGGUAAGAAUGUUUUGCGUGGUUAGCCGACUGAACAACUGCAGGCUUGUGCAUUGAUUGUUUGUAUUAAAUCGUUUACUGAAGAGUAAUUAGAAAAUUCGUCCAAUGAAACUAUCGAGCUUUUGUAAAUGUAAAUCCUUUUUGGCGUUUGCUGUGUCACGACGGGGGGAACAAGUACAUAAAUAUAAAUAAAUAAUUAUGUGUGCGCGUUUGUGUUGAUUGCACACGCUACGAUUGGUGUAUGUAUUUUAUCGUGGAACCUGUGAUUUGCAUUUUAUAAACAUCCAUUUAUAUAUAUAUAUAUUCUUUAUAUAACAAUCAAGAUGCAAAUAUAUAAAAAAAGAACUAUUGUAAAACAAUGCGUGAACGCUUACAUAUAUCUUUUGUAUGAGUCAUGAAUUGUAGUUUAGGAUUAGACAAUGAAAGAAUGAGCCAUAUAUAUUGACCCGGUUGAACAAAUUUCUCAAACUGCUGAGCUCAAUUAAAAACGUAAAACAAAUUAUUUUUUGUAAGGUUUUUAUUUAAGAUUUAAUGGUUAUUAGUAACGGUGCGAUUGGUGAAUUUUCAAAACAUUGUAAAUUAUAAUAUCGGAAGGUUCACAUGUUGUAUACAUUUUUAGCAAUAAAAAAUAUAUAAUUACAAA